GAAUGGCAGUAAAUGGUAAUAACAUUGCGAAGCGAGAAGUGAAAACGUUAAUCGAGAAUCCGAAGAAGUAGGAUUUGAUUAAAUAAUUGAAGUUCAACAUUAAUAGUGCGACCGAACCACCGUGCAAACGUAAUAAAUAGUGAUCAACAGCAAUACAUAGACACUGAGCACAUCUUGUUGCGACGUCCCUUGCUCACGCACACACACAUAGCCAUUGACAUUUGUGAUCUGUGCUCUGCGCCUCCUUUGCUCGUACACACACACAUACACGCGUAUACUGCGGUCUCCCUGCGUUUCGUCGUAGUUUUCACAGCUGCAACGCAAAUUCGAAAAAGGAGUUUGCAAAUUUGCAUCAAGUGUCCCGGAAAAGCGCAACCAAAGCGCAGUGUGCUAAAUAAUCGGAUCAAAGAUGGAACUGUUGCGACAGCCACAUUUAGCUGCAAGGAGGCCAACGAACUAAGCAACAGCUGGGUGAGCCGUUGGGGGCGGUCAUGAGAAGCAUGUUCCGUCCGAUCAAGAAGAUUUUUACGUACAUACAGAAAAAUGCCAGCAAUGGAACCAUGUUCGGCAGCACAAACAGCGUGAAUGCCGACAAUGAAGCCACCAGCAGCAGCGGCGGUGCAGGCGGAGGUGGAGACGGAGGUGUCGAUAGAAUGGAACAGCCAAAGGAGUUGGUGCUGGAGGAGCAGCUGCAGUUGCCAGCAUUGGAUGGAGGGACGAGCCAACAGCUCGAGGAUGAGGACAUUGAGCGUCAAAUAAAAACAUCAAUUAUCGAUGCCAGCAAAGUGCACGCGGCCAAGUCGAAAAUUGUGCUGCCGCUACAACUGCAGCUGGACGAUGAGCUGGCGGACUUUGCGCACGAGCCAGUGUCGCUGAUAGUGGAGGAGGAGGACGAUAUGGAGGAGCAGUAUCUGGAGCUCGAAAACUUUCCCAACAAUGAGAUUAUUGUGCUGAGCGAUGGCGAGCUCAAUUCAUCGCUCGCCUCGGACAACAUAUCCGAGGAUCCGCUGGCAAUAGAUGACUUUACGCAACCAUUGCUGCGCGAGGAUGACAACGAGGUGGAGCUGGAGGUGGAGGAGGAAGUGGAGACCAGCGGUAAUUUACUGUGGCUCAAGCUGGACACGCCAGCGCCAGUCGGCAGCAGUGUGGACAACAUCAGCAGCAGCAGCAGCAGCGGCCUCGUCGUCGGAACUCUGCCCAGCUGCAGCAGCAAUGGAGCAACGGCUAUAAUCCAGCCAACCACAAAGACCAAAGAGGAGGAGCUGCGCAGUGACGGUGGCUCCGAUUCGGGACUGGGCAGCGAGAAUGAUCGACACAACACAGCAAAAGCCAAUUCAACGGCAACAACAACGGCAACAUCAGUUAACGGCUCGCAGAAGCCGCUGCGCUCGAAUCUGAAGCGGCGACUGGACGACGAUGCCAUGGAGCUGGCCUUGGUGCCAGACAUGAACAGCAGCAGCAGCAGCAACAGCAACUGCUGUUCGAGCACACAGAAGCGCUCGAAGCGUUGCAUCAACUUUGAUAGCGUUAAGGUCUACUAUUUUCCCCGGCAGCAGGGCUUCAGCUGUGUGCCCACAGCCGGUGGCUGUACGCUGGGCAUGGGCGCCCGGCACAUUGCUUUCAAGACGAUGACACUGGCGGAGCACGCGGCGGAACUGAGGCGUGCGCAUCGCAGCCAGAAUCAGGAGCAACAGCAGCAGCUGCAAACGCGCGGCUCCAGCAGCGAUGACAGUGAGGAGUCCGAGGAGGACUAUCUGAGCGAGGGCAGCAGCUCCGAUGCUGAAGAUGGCUCCAACGGAUUCCUGCAGCCGGUGACGCCCAAGCAACGACGGGCGCUGCUAAAAGCGGCCGGCGUACGGAAGAUCGAUGCCAGCGAGAAGAUCGACUGCAAGGAUAUACGCAAUUCGCGCGAGGUGUGCGGCUGUUCGUGUCGCGAAUUCUGUGACCCAGAAACGUGUGCCUGCAGCCAGGCGGGCAUCAAGUGCCAAGUGGAUCGAGCGAUGUUUCCGUGCGGCUGUACGCGCGAGGCCUGCGGCAACACCGUGGGACGCGUCGAGUUCAAUCCUACCCGCGUGCGCACCCACUAUAUACACACCGUCAUGCGGCUGGACAUGGAGCAGCGCCAGAGCCAGGGCCCGCCGACGUCAACAGGCAAUAGCGGCCUAACUGUCUAUGGCAGCAGCAGCGGCAGCAGCGCCUCUGGCAGCAGCAGCAGUCCUGGCAUCGUUUCACCCGCUGCUGCUGCUGCCGCCGCCGCCUCGCACUGCUACUUCAUGCAGCCGCAGUCCAACUACAGCUCCGGCUAUGCCUCGCCAGCUUACACGCCCGAGUCGAGCUACUACCAGGCGCAGCAGCAGACGCCGGGGCAGUCGACAGCCUCGCCUGGAGCUACAGUCAAUGGCGGCAGCAGCAGCAGCAGCAGCAGUGGCGCGACACAGCAGCCGAGCUAUGCUGCCGGCUAUCCGCAGCUGGACAGCCUUGAUGCGAGCCUCUUUACGAGCGGCAGCAAUGCCACGCCCUCGUAUGGUGAGCUGUUAACGCCCACCUAUCAUCCGACCGUCAGCUAUGGCAGCACACAGCUCAACUCCUACAAUGCCUAUCAACAGACGACGACCUUGUCGGGCGGCAUUGUUUCGCCCGGCGCGUACAGCUCGUGCGCGGUGCCGUCUGUGCCGCCCUUUGGUAAUGCCACCACCACCGCCUCGAAUGCCACGCAAUAUCAGCACGCGAAUGUGCUGGAAACCACCGCCGCUGCCGCGAUGAGCACCAGCAGCAGCCUAGCCAUCACGGCCAGCAGCUGUGCCACGGGCCUGGGCCGGCUCACUGGCAACGUUCCGGUGGACUUUAUCAAUUUGAAUGCGCCCAUUAACAGCUCAUCACGCAUCUCGCAGAUCAAUGAUCUAUUGCAGCACAAUCGUAAUACCACCGCCGCUUUGGUCGCUGUCUCCGAGGGCUAUACCACUGUGCGCAGCAGCAGCAGCAGCAGCAACAGCAGCAGCAACAAGAACAACAACAACAACAACAGUGGAAACAGCAACACCACCACCAACAGCAACAGCACCAGUAGCAUCGACAUCGAUUCAAUUGAUACGCCGCCCAUUGUGGAGGAGGCUUCGCAGCGCAGCUGUAUGACAUUCGAGGAGCUGCCACCGCCGCUGAUUAAUCCCACGCCCAUUGUUGCCGUUGUGGAGCAGCAGUCACAGCAGCAACAGCAGCAGCAGCACAAGCAGUUGAUCGUUGUGCCCACAACGCCGCAGCCGCGCCAACCGCUGUAAUCCAGCACCGGGAUCGAAUCCUGCAACAGCAAUUGAAACAGGAUUUACCCAAAAUCUGUGGAUAGUUUUUAUAGCAAUUUUACACAGCAGAAGACUUAAUUACAUUUAAGUGGCAGCGUCUAAAUCAAAAUGCGUGUUUAGGAUUUAACAACAUAAUGU